UGAAGACAUAGAACGAACCUGAACAUUUGCAAAAGCUUAUUCAUACCAAACGGAACUUGUUAAUUCAUACCAAACGGAACUUGUUAAUUUCGGAAGAAGUAAAAAAAAAAAAAACAUGGCUAUCGAGAUUAAGAAUAACAUAUGUUUUUCGGUUUUAAAAGUUUUCCUCUUGAUCAUUUCAGAUAUGAGUCCAGUUAAGUGUGCCAGCUACUGCUACUACAGAUACUAUUAUAGACGCACAGCAUACCACUGUUACUACUACUACUACUAUUACUAUUACAACAGUGGGGAAAAUUCGGCAGGCACGAUUACCGGGACUGUGGUAGGCAGUGUUAUAGGAUCUAUCUUUUUCAUCGCCAUUGUGUUAUUUGUCUGCAUCAAAGUCUUUAAAAAGACAAACCAUGUUCGAGUAAUUGUCCGGCCAGCAAAGACGACCGUCUCCUACAUCAAUACAAGUAGUAAAUCUUCUGAAGAGUUUUUCUUUUAGCAUCCAAGUUCGCAUGCUUAUGGGGAAUAUGCAGGAUAUCAGCAUCUCUCUAAUUCCGUCUAUCCAUCUCCGUACCAAACAUAUACCUCCCCUGUAUUUACCAAUGUGAAGCCCUCUCUCAGAAGUGUGAAUGUUGUGAAAAUAAAUUUGACUGAUGAAACUCUGUCGUCACCAAUGAUUUUAUUUGUACAAUGAAUAGGAUUUAGAUAGAUUCUGUGAAAUAGUGCAUUUUACAUCUGUUAGGAAGAAAGAUUAAUUAUUAUUAUUAGGGUUUUCCGUCUUCAGCGGAAGACCCUUCUAUUCUAUUGUUUCUUUUUCACUUUUCUUAUUAAGGCUUUCAACCUUCCUGUGGAAAGUCCUAUUGAUAUUGUUCUGUUUAUUAUUUUCCUGCCGUAAAAUUUUGUUUUGCCAUAAAACUUAUCGAAAAACUU